AUGGCUCAUAGAAACGGUCAUGCCCGUGAUACAGUUAUUGAUAUAGGGAACAAGCCGGUGACUUUGACUGGAGGGCUUGAGUGUUCUGGCCUUACUUAUACUGUGAUAAAGAAGAAGAAGCUAGAAGGGAAAUGGUUGAGCCAGGAAGUGGACUUGUUGCAUAAGAUUACCGGGUAUGCACCAAAAGGGUGCAUCACUGCGGUCAUGGGGCCUAGUGGUGCUGGCAAAUCUACUUUCCUGGAUGGUUUGGCAGGCCGUAUUGCUAGUGGAAGCCUUAAGGGUAGGGUGUCUUUGGAUGGAAUGGCAAUGAGCCCAAGUUUGAUUAAAAGGACUUCAGCUUAUAUAAUGCAAGAUGAUAGGUUGUUCCCAAUGCUUACUGUUUACGAGACAUUGAUGUUUGCUGCUGAUUUUCGACUUGGACCAAUCUCAAGAGUGGAAAAGAGGCAACGUGUGGAGAAGUUGAUUCACCAGCUUGGAUUGACAUCCUCCUGGAACACCUAUAUAGGUGAUGCUGGGACUAGAGGAGUCUCAGGUGGUGAGCGCCGUAGAGUUUCAAUUGGUGUUGACAUAAUUCAUGGACCAUCCUUGCUCUUCUUAGAUGAGCCAACUUCUGGUCUAGACUCCACUAGUGCUUAUAGUGUAAUUGAAAAGGUGCGGGACAUUGCGCGCUCUGGUAGUACUGUGAUCCUCACGAUUCACCAACCCUCAUCCAGAAUCCAGCUGCUCCUUGAUCAUCUCAUUGUCCUUGCUCGUGGCCAGCUCAUGUAUCAAGGAUCACCACAAGAUGUCACUCUACAUCUCAAUCGGAUGGGGAGGAAGGUCCCCAAGGGUGAAAAUGCAAUAGAGUUCCUUAUUGAUGUGAUUCAAGAAUAUGAUCAAUCUGAACUUGGAGUUGAAGCAGUUGCUGAAUUUGCUAGAACUGGCCUAAGACCACCCCCACUGACUGAAGAGGAAAUGUCUGUUUCAACGGCUGCCCCGACACCACCCCCAGCUAAUCAUGGCCGCCGCCAUCAGAUGGAAGGGCGUGGUGACGGAAGGAAAAAUAAUGGGCGCCUUCCCUUGCACGCAAGUGCUAAUGAUUUUGAUCGUAGUUUGAGGAGCCCUUACAAUAAUACAUCAAUGUCAUGGAGUGCUAGCCACAGUGGACUAGUGCACCAACUCGGAUUCACCCCUACCAGGCAACGUAGUGAUAAAAAAUCUCCAAAUCCAAUGAGUUCAUCCCCUGGCUACUACAGACACUCAAGUGAUAUCCUUCCAGGGACGCCAACUCCUCACAGCAGUGACUAUACUGUGAAUGAAGAUGAUUACCUGACUCCGGAUCAUGCUGCUCAAAAGAUCUCAGUACAGCACCUAGGGCCCAAAUUUGCAAAUUCCUUUUUCUCAGAGACUUGGAUUCUCAUGCGCCGAAACUUCAAGAACAUCAGGCGUACACCUGAGCUUUUUCUCUCCAGACUUGCAGUCCUCACUGUCAUGGGCUUCAUGAUGGCCACAAUGUUCAUGAACCCCAAAAUCAACCUGCAAGGAAUCACCAAUCGCCUUAGCUUUUUUAUCUUCACUGUCUGUCUCUUCUUCUUCUCUUCGAAUGAUGCCGUGCCAGCUUUCAUCCUAGAGCGCUUUAUUUUUGUUCGUGAAACUUCCCAUAAUGCCUACAGAGCCUCUGCUUACACCAUAGCUGGCCUUAUCACAUACCUUCCUUUUCUGGCACUACAAGCUGCUGUCUAUGCUUGUAUUGUUUGGAAAGCUUUGGAGCUUCGGGGGCCAUUCUACUAUUUCUUCAUUGUUCUUUAUGUUUCCCUUCUUUCAACCAAUUCAUUUGUGAUGUUUGUGAGCUCAGUGGUGCCAAAUUAUAUAUUAGGUUAUGCAGCAGUCAUUGCUUUCACCGCACUCUUUUUCUUGUUUUGUGGCUACUUCUUAAACAGCCAUGACAUUCCAGGGUACUGGAAAUGGAUGAACAAGAUUUCCACUAUGACAUAUCCAUACGAAGGGCUCCUGAUGAACCAGUAUCAGACUCCUCAAAUUUUCGGAUUUGAUCCUCAGCAGAGACCUGUGACAGGAUUCGGAAUCUUAAAUUCACUCGCAAUUAGUACGGAGGAAUUCAAGAAGUGGGAAAAUGUUCUUAUAAUGUUAGGUUGGGCUGCAUUUUAUAGGAUUUGUUUCUACGUAAUCCUUCGUUUUGGAUCAAAGAACCAGAGGACAUAG